AUGAUGACAACUGCCGGAGACGCCGGAGCGGGUGAAGGGCAGACCGUGGAAGGCGGCGCCGUCGAAUAUGUUGCGAUCGACAUCGACAGGUCGGUGGUGAGUCUGGUGACGGCUGAUCGGCAGGAGCAGGCUGGAACCGGGAGCGGCUGCAGAAUUUGCCAGCUUGGGGACGGCGACCUGCCGGCGGAGAGCGGGAGCGGGCAGCUGGUAAGGCUCGGCUGCGGCUGCCGAGGCGAGAUCGCGGCGGCGCACCGCCGGUGCGCCGAGGCAUGGUUCUCCGUGAGGGGCAACAGGCGGUGCGAGAUCUGCGGCGAGAACGCGGCGAACAUCACUGGAUGGGGCGGCGGCGGCAAGGAGUUCAUGCGACAGUGGCAUGGGAUGGCGACCAUGGAUAGAGGAAGCUCGUCCAAGGCCAGCGGUCUCUGCAGAACCCAGUCAUUCUGCAAUUUCCUGCUUGCCUGUUUAACCAUUGUAUUAGUGUCGUCGUGGUUCUUCCAUAACCGUAUGGUUUGA